AGCCCGUUGGCAAGAGCGAGCAGGACGCAGACGCAGGAAAUAUCGCAGGAAGGCUGAUCGCGCCGUCCAUCGCCUCAGCUGAUGUAACCAGACAGCGCACGUUGGAGUCAGUUAUUUUACAAUAGCAACUUCUUCUUGAAAAGAGACAAAAGAAGGCGAGAAAAUGGGACAUACCGCAUUACCUAUGUCGAUGGCUGUAUUGUCCUGUUUCGUGUGGGGAAACGUCGAGGCUCUGGCCAUGGCCGAGGUGAACGGGCCAGGCCACCAGGUGGCAGAGCCGCAGAUUGCCAUGUUCUGUGGCCGUCAGCUACUGCACAUGAACCUACAGAGUGGGCAGUGGGAGCCGGAUCCUCAGGGCCGGCAGGGAUGCUUCAAAGAGCCCAGCGAAAUCCUGUCCUACUGUCAGGAGAUGUACCCAGCGCUUCCGAUCUCCCAUAUAGAGGAGUCAAAAAGACCUGUCACCAUCCACGCCUGGUGUAAGAAAGGCUGGGGCCACUGCCAGACACAUCCCUUCAUAGUCCUGCCCUACCGCUGUCUAGAGGGCGAGUACGUGAGCGAGGCCCUGCUGGUGCCUGACCGAUGCCGAUUCCUCCACCAGGAGGAGAUGGAUGCUUGCGAGAGUUAUGUGUACUGGCGGAACAUUGCUAAGGAGGAAUGCACUGCGGACAAUCUUGAGCUCCACAGCUAUGGGAUGCUGCUGCCAUGUGGAGACCAUUUCCGGGGGGUCGAGUAUGUGUGCUGCCCAGGCCGAGGGAGUCCCAGUGGUAAAGGAGAGACAGAGGAGAGAGAUGUCCCUGCUGGUCCUCAGACAUUCACAUCCCAGACCAAUGGAAAACUUAAUUCUGUCACCAACGUAGACGCCCCCACCCCAAGCCCCUCUCCUGACACAGAUGUGGACGAGGCCGAUAUGGAAGACGAGGAUGAUGACGUGGUGGAAGAAGAGGAGGAGGUAGAGGAGGAGGAGGAGGAGGAGGAGGUCGGUGAGGAGGAAGCGGAAGAGGAGGAGGAAGAGGAGGCAAUAGCUGUGAAAGAUCCAGAAGAGUAUGAAUACCCUAUUGACUCAGGUCCCUACCAGACAUCAGACUAUCUGGACUCUUUCUACUAUGAGAAAAGCCACAAACCCACCACCUCAGCACCUCUGAUGAAGGGAGACAGCUUGACUACGCCUCGGCCCACAGAUGGCGUUGAUGUUUAUUUUGAGAAACCAGUGGAUGACACUGAGCAUGCCAACUUCCUGCGUGCCAAAACAGAUCUGGAGGAGCGCAGAAUGAAGCGCAUCAAUGAGAUCAUGAAGGAAUGGGCAGAGGCAGACAACCAGUCAAAGAAUCUGCCAAAGUCAGAGCGACAGGCCCUGAAUGAGCACUUCCAGUCUGUGCUGCAGACGCUGGAGGAGCAGGUGGCUGGAGAGAGGCAGAGGCUGGUGGAGACUCAUCUUGCCAGAGUUGAGGCCAUUCUCAACAACAACCGCCGCCUGGCUCUGGAGAACUACUUGACUGCUGUACAGUCUGACCCCCCUCAGCCGGAGCGUGUGCUGCAGGCACUGAAGCGAUACAUGGCUGCAGAGCAGAAGGACCGCAGACACACACUCAGGCACUACCAGCAUAUUGUGGCUGUUGACCCCCAGAAGGCUGAGCAGAUGAAAUUCCAGGUGUACACACAUCUCCAUGUGAUUGAGGAGAGGAUGAACCAGAGUCUUGCACUGCUGUACAAGGAUCCUACUUUGGCUGAGAAGCUGCACAAUGAUAUCCAGGAGUUGGUCAAGGCAGAACGAGGAGACAUCAGUGAACUCAUGACCACCUCCUUCUCUGAGACUCGCACUACUGAGGAGCUCCUGCCAGCUGAGAGUGAGGAGGAAAAGGAUGAUGAAGAGGAAGAGGAGAGAGCCUUCCAGAACAGGCCUUAUCCUCCCCGCAUUGAACCACUGUCCAAUAAGAAAGGGUCUGCAGUUGAUGAAUAUGAUUAUACCACAUCUGAGAGAGGCCCUACUUAUGAAUAUGAGGAAAAGAUCAACACCUCUGCAGAGCUCAAGCAAGUAGUCAACAAGCCUCCUGAGAUUGCGAGAGAUGAACUUCAACCUGAUGCCUUGGAGACGUUUAACCGUGGCGCCAUGGUGGGGUUGCUGGUGGUGGCCGUGGCAAUUGCCAUGGUGAUGGUAAUCAGCCUGCUGCUGGUGCGCAGGAAGCCAUAUGGCACUAUCAGUCAUGGCAUCGUAGAGCAGGUCGACCCCAUGCUGACACCAGAAGAACGACAGCUCAACAAAAUGCAAAACCAUGGCUACGAAAACCCUACAUACAAAUUCUUUGAACAGAUGAACUGAGGUACUGGGGCUGCCAACAAGUCAUGCCUGACCACUUGUUUUGUCCCCCACUCUUCCCUACAGUGGUGUCCCAGCUACACUCCCUUUGACGGAUUUAUGAUAUGUUGCUAAACACAAACCCAUUGUAAAUGACCAACAGCAACCUAUCAUCGUUACCAGAAUGUGAAUAAUGAGAUAUGAUACAAACUCACAUCACCUAUUUUAAUCUAAAAUUCCUCUGGGUUAGAGUCUGAGGAUUGUUUGUUCCAUUAGCGGUGCCACAGCAUUUCAUAAUCCUGAAAACAUUCACACCAUAGACAGGAAAACCAUCCCAGUAACAUGACUUGAUCUAUUGCUCCUCACUAGAAACUGACGUUGAACGGUGCAUAAUGCUUUAUGAUAUUUGUUUUCAGUAGUAGUCUAUUUGUUCAAAUUGUACCACAGUUAGAUAUAAUGUAUCUGUGUAGAUGAGUGCGAGUGACAGCCUAGUUAAACUAUGGUGUAAUUCUCAAUUUAAAACCCACUCAGAGAUGAAAGGGCAAUUACCAAGCUAUUCGUCAAACUAACCUUACUCCAUGAGGGACUGUAACACUGGGCAAUACCUCGAAUAUUAAGACAUGAACCUUAAGUUAGGAUGCGGAGGUGUUUACUUUGAAUGUGUGACACAUUUAGGCUUUAAUUUUAAAACACAGAAGGCCAAAAAGACCAAGCUUGUCGAUACAGAACUGUGUGCUGGUGGUACAAAAAAAAAACAUCAUGUUUUUGACUUAUGAGGAUCUGCCCUCAAUAUUAUUAUUGAUUAUUUGGCAAAAUAAACCAAAUAUUUUGUUUAGCUAAUUUAGUCAGUGAAUGAGUUUAUUUUAUUUGUACUUCUACCUAAAGAACUCUAAAACAGAAUAAUCAGAAGUCCGUUAUUUUAAUGAAAGCAUGACAACUUGGUGUAUGAUGCUGCUGUAUUUAUUUGUGUUGUUCCUGUCAUUGCUUUUGAAAAGUUGGAAAUGUCACUGUUUAAAAUGGACACUGUAAAUAACGUAAGAUAGACAUACUACUAGAUGUAGACAUUUCUAUGAUUAAUUUGCAUUGAUGUAAUGGAAUAAUACAUAACAAUAGUACAUUGUGCUGUUACGAGAAGGAGAAACAUUUUCCUAACAUGGCUGAUUGAAAACGGACUGUUGUAAAAACCAGCACAAGACAACGACACAGUAACUUCUUUCUGAAUGUAUUUAAGGUAGACGUUGAGAUUCCAUCUUCUUUUCAGUAACCCAUCAAUCCCCUAGUAGACCCUAAAAAGAGUAGCGAAGUUCAACACAACCAACAAACAGACCACAUGCCUGAUGCCCUUCUCAUCACUUCCUGUAGCAGCCUGUUCAUUUUCACAUUUGGUAGGAGUGUAUCAGAGCAGAGGAACUCAAAGCUUAGGCAUAUUAUACAAGCAACGGAGUAUACAGUGGCCACAGUUAUAGUAAUGUCUUUAAAUGUCUUUAAAUCUGCCAGUUUGACAUUUUUGGAAUCAACAACAUUGAAUGAUAGUACUCUAUACAUGCUUUAUUUAAGUUAUUCUAUUGAUAAAUAGCAAUUCACCGAAUGACGCAUUGUAGAGUACUCAUAUUUAUGAUCAACAUAGUACCCUACAUAAGCAAGUGAAAAAGGGACUGCCACUUUUUUGUGGCUGAUUGUUAAAUGCUUAGUGUGUCAGUUUGAUUUCCUUUAGCCACUUAAUUUUACCAGACCAUCUUGGUUAAGAAAGGUCACGCUGUGGGAUGUUGCUUUUUGUUCAUAAGUCUUUACCCAUAUGCUGUAGUAGAGAUAAUCCAUACCAAAAUCAGUUCAUAUUUUACUUAUUUCUUCCUGGUGGAAUUUUUCUUUUAAAACCUGAACUUAUCCAUUCAGAGGAAAAGUUGUUUACUUGUUACUUAUGUUUUUUUGUUUGUUUGUUUUUCCUUUUUGUAAAGUUAGCUUUGAAGUAAGCAAAAGAGUCUGACUCUCUGAGUUCUGAUUUAGCAUUAAUCUUCUGUCUAAUUUGGCAGGUAAAUAGCUGGCUGCGGUUGUGUUAUGACAGGUGAGGAGAAGUCAUAGCCCUUGUAUAAUUGUACAGCUACGUUAGUGAAUGAAAAUGUUGUAUGUUCACAGUUUAAGUCAGUUGAUCUUGUAAUGAUACUACUGAAACCAUAGAUGAGAAUAAGCUUGCCUGUGUUUCCCAAACCACUGAAGGUUUCCUACCAGCAUUUAGCAGACUUAGAAUGGUGUAUUCUGUAGUUACUCAAAUCACAUUUGUACGUACGUCCUCUGUCGAAUUCUAGACUUCUUUGUUGGUCUGUCCCCUUACUUCCCAAUGGAAUAUAAACAAUGUUAUUGAGAUUUUAAUUGCUGCAUUAUUGCCUUUUACAAUGCUGUGUUUUGGAUGUAAUUAUUCUGUAUUUUUUAUUUAUAUGUAAUAAUCAGUUGGAUCAAGGGUCAUGCUUUUCACCUGUAAUGUAAUUUUAGAAGCUUGUAUGAGAAAACACUGACUAGUUUAUAACAUUCAGAAAUGUGAAUUAUAGACAGACAUAUGGCCUCUGCCUAACUGACAAGGAGUGGCACUAAGCACAAGUAGAACCAAAUUACUCCAUUUGUGAACAGGUUGCUAAAUGUUAGACAUUGAUUCUGUCUGUCUGAUUUCAAUUAUACUGCAUUCAUUCUAGGGAUGUUGAUAGCGUCAUUGAGACAGCUGUUCUUCAUUUUCAUUCAGACCUUUAACCAAAGACAUGCUCCACAAACAAGCAGACAGAUAUUCUAAUUUGGCAAAAUCUUCUCUGUUGUGUAACUGUAUUUGCAAGCAAUCUGAGAAAUUAAAACUGGUCAAGCGAAUUAACAGUGUAAUAAAAAAUGAA